AUGUAAACAAUUAGAACAUUUACAUAAACAAAAUCAAUCAGACACAUUGCUAACAGUGUUUCGUGGACAUGGGAAUAUGCCUAUGGAUCAAUUUGAAAACAUCAAAGAGAAUAUUGGUAAUUUAAUAUCAUUCAAUGGAUUUCUAUCAACUACAAGUGAUUACAAUGUUGCAGUAUUAUUUUCAGGAUCUGAGUCAACUGAAGAUAAAUCUGUCAUAUAUGAAAUUCAAACUAAUUAUAAUUUGAAAAAUGUUGUUUUUGCUGAUAUUACGCAACUUUCAGACAUAGAGGAUGAAAAAGAAUUUUUAUUUAGUCUUUGUUCUAUAUUCAGAAUCGAUGGUAUUCUAAAUGAUGAAGAAAAUCAAAUAUCAAAAAUUAUGAUGAGUGCAGUAGAUGAAGAUGCAGUAAAUAUUUUAGAACAGAUGAAGAUUGAAAUAAUUCAAGAGGAAAAGAAACAUUUCUUCGAUAGUAUAAAUCAAUACUGUCGAAAGCGAUAUAUUAUUAGAGCAUUUGCUAUCAUGUUUUUUAUCAUGAUUUUGACAUUAGGAGUAAUUUUUGGUAUCAAUAUGAAAUUAAAAGAUAAAACCUCGAGUUUAGACAACUGUGUCGGUUUAGAUUGCACGACAUUUAGCACAACAACAGGACGUCAUUCCACAUUAAAAACUGAAACUUCUGCAUCAAAACGAACUGAACCAUCGAUACUGACAACUUCAUCAAAACCGAUAAUUCCAUCAAUUUCUACUUAUAUCAGAACGAAUGGAUCAGAAGCGCCAUGUAUGAAGAUUUUUUCUUUUGUUUUGAAAAUAAGGAAAUUUUUAUUUAGCAUCGGAAUAUUGUUUUCCAGUCGGAUGGGAAUCGAUAGGUGAUGAAAUAAUAAGUCAAGGGAAUUACAGAAGUUUCACUGUCGAUGAUGAUUCUAAUGUAUACGUUACAAAUAGAGCUCGCCAAAGUUUAGAAAAAUGGUCAUCCAGCAAUAAAUUAAUUCAACGAUAUUUUGACGGAAACUUUGGUGAUACUCCUUUGUUCUAUCAUUCAUUAUCUCAAUCCGUGUACUUUUGU